UUCUCUGAAAAUGUGCACAGUUGCCUACGAAAAAAUGGACGUUGGAGUUGAAAAUGUUUCAAUUUUCCGUCGACUUCAAAAAGUUGACUUUCGUGUCUGGUUCUUCAUGUUUGUCAUUGGAAGUAUUGCAUUUGACGUCACAAAAUUGGAAUAUUUGGUACAAUAUGGAUUGGUACGCCACACAAUUCAUAUUCCAAUUUGUUUGAUUUUCAAUGGGAUUCCACUUUAUGCUUCUGUUUCAAACAAUCUUUCCGUAUUUUCCUUCAUCAAGGCGUAUUCGACAUUCUUCCUUCUUGUCUCUACAAUCAUCGCUACACUGGGCCCUAUUUGGAUAAUCUUCGAGUUCAACACGGGAGCUCCAGAACAGAUUCGAUUGGUUAUGGAACAUGGUGACACUCAUGAAAUGGAAUUUAUUCAACGCCUUGGUUACUGUAUUCUCUUUGAGCUCACUUUGAUUUUGGAUGCCGGGUUUUAUGCAAUUCAAAUGUUCUUGGCGCGGAGCGUGAUUCGUGUGAUCAAAUCUGAAAAAAAAGAUGCUCCUGUGGAAAUGAAUGCAUUCAAUGUUGUCUGAUUGUUUUACUGCUGUUUUACUCUUGAAAUUUAAAAUUUUCCACUGAAACUUAUGUAUUUUUGAAAUUUCCUUUUCCCUACACCUUUUUUUGCUCAAUUUUUCCAAAAUCGUAAUAAAAUUGUCUUCAG